GCGCUGCAUGCACAACUCGGCACUGAAGAUGGCGGAGGGGGAAUUAAACGUUGACAGUCUCAUUUCGCGCCUUCUCGAAGUGCGAGGAUGUCGCCCAGGGAAGAUCGUACAGAUGACGGAGGCAGAGGUCCGAGGACUCUGCAUUAAGUCUCGAGAGAUCUUUCUCAGCCAGCCCAUUCUGCUGGAGUUGGAGGCUCCUCUUAAAAUCUGUGGUGACAUCCAUGGGCAGUACACAGAUCUGUUGAGGUUGUUUGAAUAUGGUGGUUUUCCUCCAGAGGCGAACUAUCUCUUCCUGGGUGAUUAUGUGGACCGAGGUAAACAGUCUCUGGAGACCAUCUGCCUACUACUGGCCUACAAGAUCAAAUACCCCGAAAAUUUCUUCCUCCUGCGAGGAAACCAUGAGUGUGCCUCCAUCAACCGGAUCUAUGGCUUUUACGAUGAGUGCAAACGCAGGUUCAACAUAAAACUCUGGAAGACAUUUACGGACUGCUUCAACUGCCUCCCAAUUGCUGCCAUCAUAGACGAGAAGAUUUUCUGUUGCCAUGGAGGUCUUUCUCCUGAUCUGCAGUCAAUGGAACAGAUACGUCGGAUUAUGCGACCAACUGAUGUUCCGGAUACAGGGUUGCUGUGUGAUUUGCUGUGGUCAGACCCAGAUAAGGACGUUCAGGGAUGGGGCGAGAAUGACCGUGGAGUGUCAUUCACCUUCGGUGCCGAUGUAGUGAGCAAAUUUCUCAACCGCCACGAUCUAGACCUCAUCUGCAGGGCACAUCAGGUGGUUGAAGAUGGUUAUGAGUUUUUUGCAAAGCGGCAGCUGGUCACUCUGUUCUCGGCACCAAACUACUGUGGGGAGUUUGACAAUGCCGGUGGAAUGAUGAGCGUGGAUGAGUCACUCAUGUGCUCUUUUCAGAUCCUGAAGCCAUCAGAAAAGAAGGCAAAGUACCAGUACGGUGGGGUGAACUCAGGGCGACCUGUAACCCCUCCCCGUACAGCCCAAGCCCCUAAGAAGAGGUGAGCGGCCUGCCACCAAGAACCUCACCCUCUCUCACCCCAGCAAAUUACCCCAGUCUGGGGCAGCUUUACCCUAACUCCCCUCUGAAAUCUCUCUUCCUGCCCUGCCAACCUCGUCUCUGUUAAAAUUUUCUUAAAAUUUGUGUACAGGAAUUUUGCUGUGAUCAGUCAAUGACUUCUCUCUACAUUUGCUCUGCUUCCUUGUUUGUUGGUAUUUUAAUUACAAUAAUAACAUUAAAUAUCAUAAUAAUAGUGCUUUGGGAAGCAACUUUUAAUAAGCUGCUCUACAAAAAACCCAGAGCAAAACAAACACACACACACAUACAUGCACACACUCAGUGCUUUAACAUACAGAAUGCAGUAGUGUCCUGAUAUGUAAGCAUUUUAUUAAACUUCAGAUGAGUACUCUUUUAUUAUUUAACAUUAUUGUUGAUUCAAAAAGAAAGAGUAAAGAUUGUAAGUAUUGAAGUUUGUUGUGUAUUUCACUACAUUUGGAAGUUUCAAGACCAGAGGCUUUCACAUACACACAUACAGUGACAUAAGUCAGGCCUAGAACUCAGGCUUAGCUCUUAAAGGGAUAGUUCACCCAAAUAUGUUAAUUCUGUUCUCAUUUUAUCACCCUCAUUUUGUUACAAACCUGUAUGACUUUCUUCUGUGUAACAACACUAAAGGAGAUUUUAGGCAGAAUGAAAUUGUAUGAUGCAAUGAAAGUGAAAGGUGACUAAUGCUAAAAUUCUGUCCAAGUCAUUCAUGUUUGGAACAACAUAUAUUACAGAAUUUUCAUUUUGGGUGAACUAUCUAUUUAACUCAACAUGUCAGGGUGCUUGAUCACAGGUCAGUGGACCCUUUAGACGAAAACUGACAUAAUCUAUUGUCAAUAAACUAGGUCAGUGUAGAUAAAGCUGGAAAGUGGAUUUUAACUCUGAUACAGUGACACAUUUGCACAGCUUCAUUUACUCACAGCAAUGCAUGUUUUGUUUUCUUAACACCUCUGGGAUUUACAUCAAAACUCUGUAGUCAGAGCUCUCUGUUUAAUGCAAUGUUUUUGUCUUAUGAUAGUAAUAAGUCAGGAGAAAAGGUCAUAGCAUACCAUUUUAUUGCAUGACCCAUGAACACAUCCUUAAUAACCUGUCUGAAACGUCACAAUUCACCAGCCAUGUUUUCAUUGGAUAACGAGAAACAGCUGACUACGUGCAGCGAGUAGUGAAUGGAAAAAAAUUGUGCCUCCAGUUGGAAAGGGUUGUGCUUGUUUGAAGUUCCCCACCAUUACAAAUAUUAAAACUGACUUAAGAGUCCUAUUGAUGACUAUAAUGGAUUUGAUUAACAGCGUAACCUGUUACAAACCAGUAGCACCUUUGGCAAAUAAAUGUUAAUGCCUUUCUGUGAGAGGAAACAUUUGCUCACAUUGAUAUUCCACUGUCAUAACUCUGUUUUUAAUGUCCUUAUUUAUCUGUGUUGCUGUUAACUUCUCCUUAAUUUAUUUCCAAAUGUUGGGAAAGCUAUCAAAGUGUUCUAAAAGCAGUUCAUGAGUUUUGUAUAAGUGGGCUUCAAACUUAAUAAAUGGAUGAAACACUCUCCGCCUUCUCUUUGUUUGUGGGA